GCUGGGAUUAUAGGCGUGAGCCACCGUGCCCGGUCUCCUUUUUCUUAUGCCAUUCAUUUAGUUAACUUCUGGAGUACUUCCAUGGGACUAUCAAUCAAGACAUCUUGCCUUCCCCUGGCUAAGAGUAAAAGAGAGGGUGGAGAGGGAACUUGAACCGAGAGGUCAGUCGAAAUUUGUAUCAUGAGCACAGACACAAACAGAAAUUAGUGGAAUCUCGUUCAUUGCCAACAAUGUUGCCUGGAUAAGUACUUCUAAUUCCUGUUAGGCAGUCCCAAUAGUAUUGUUACUUUCUUAUUCUUUCAGGACUGGCUUUACCUAUUUUUGUGAGGUAUUCCACACACUUCUGUAAAUUCCGUUUUAGUUUAAAUUAGCCUGUUUGUUUCUUUUGCUUGUAACCAAAGAUCCCUAAGUGAUAAAAAUGUUUAAUUUCCUGCUUUAGUUGAUGCUACUUCUCAACUUUGUAUUUUUGCUAUUCACUUAAGAAAAGCUUGCACAUAACAGUUACUAUUAAACAAGCACCUAAUAUGUAUAGAGGUGCUUUAUAUCGAUAAACUAUGUCUAGUCUUAAAACUCUGCAAGGUAAAAAUCAUGUAUCAAUAUGAUGGAUUUUGGUAGAGUAAAAAACACUUUUUAUAACUAUAAUUAAGGACAAUUUGCAAGAUUUUCUCUCCUAUUGGAGUAACUAAAUCCAAACCUUGUUUUUGAGGGUUCUCAUUAUGCAACCCAAUUAUUUUUAUAACAUAAGGGCAGUAAACAAUACCUUCUAUUCCCAGUUAUUUAGCCCAGAGGUGGCACUUCCCAGAGGAAGGGAGGAGAGGUGGAACUCUCAUAAGCCUGUGUCAGCCAACUCCAGCGAGACAAAGCUGUACAUAAUAUAAAAGUACUUUACAAACCUUAAGGUAAAUCACAUUCGUUUUGGCAUAAAAAUGGCAUGAAAGGAACCCUUCUGUCAAGUGUUCCCAGUGCAUGCUAGUUACAAUUCAUAAAGCUCCCUCUGUUUUAGCACUGUAUUCACAUCGCUGGUGGUGACAUAUCCAACUGUGUUCAAGGACGGAGACCAUUUUCUUCCAGUAUAGCAAGAGCAUGGAGUUAUGCUUGAAUAUAGCCAAAACCUGGAAGACGUUAAACUACCAGCUUGGAUGAAAAUUAACCAUCUCAAGUACUGAGGAACAAGCAUGAACCUUUCUCAAUCCAAUCAUCCUUCCUUAUAAUUGGCGGCAAUAAAUCUAAGGGUCCUAUCUCCUGCUUUGUCGCUUUAAAUCCUUUCUGGAAGGCGAAGACAUAUAAAUUAACCACCAUCCCUGCCGCGCGUGUACAGCAGAGUCCUUUCCACCUCCAGAUUCCCUUCCUCCCUCCGCCCCUAGCUCCAUCGCCUGCAGGAGGAGCGCAGGGCUCAGCAACUGGCCCGAGCUCUGGUUCCCGGCGCCAGACGUCUGCGCGGUGCCCCAAACAGCUUGUCAAAAGGACCUCGCAGAGAGAGGUUCAGAGCUGUAGCUUUCCAGCGAGGCUACCAUGCAGACCCAGCUACGAAAACUAAAGCAAACCAGCUGAAUAUUCAUAGCCAAAACCAGACCGCAAGACCCCUCUUCUAUUUCAGCGGGGCGGGAGCGGAAGUUCGGGUGGGUCAUAGUUCUCUAGUUCCGGUUCCCGGGCCGCAUUCGGGACUAGAGUGCCUCUCUUCCGCCAGGCGUCCCUGAGGUCCCGGUGGUUUCUAUUUCCGGGUGCGGCUUCUGUCAUAAAGCGGAGACCUCCCUUCAAACGUGGCGUCGCGGGUUCUUUGCGCCUCGCGUGGGGUCAGCAAGCAAGGACGGGCGCGGGCGGGGAUACUCAAAGCCAACAGCUGGAGCUAGCUUUCAUGUCCCGGGCUUACAGUGACACGACUGAAUCCUUAGAGUCGGCUAGCUUUUGAGCUCUCACGAUUGGAGAGGAGGGGGUUUUCUGGUUCGCAGCUCGACAGGAUCGCGUCCCCCACAGUCACGCUCUGCCCUGAGGUGCAGCAUUUGACAAGUUACCCCCUCGCACAUACCACUUCCACCCAGGUCCGAGUUAACUUUGUUAUUAACCUUCUUGAGACUCCCCUCCGCCUCCACAACAGGUCUUUUUUCCCCAGUUCAUUUUUGCCCUUAAGAUUGAGUUUCGAGUUUCAGAUAUUAUGCAGAAAGUUUACCUUUAAGACUGAGCACGCAUCUGAUACCCUUCCUUCCGAAAAAGUUCAUGCUCACAGGAGAGUUUGUGGGAAAAGUGAAAGCCAGUACACACAGGAAGCUAUGGCUGAGCACGGGGCUCACAUCACAACUGCUUCUGUAGCCGAUGACCAGCCAUCCAUCUUUGAGGUGGUAGCACAGGACAGUUUAAUGACAGCAGUGAGACCCGCUCUUCAGCAUGUGGUCAAGGUUCUUGCAGAAUCAAAUCCCACCCACUAUGGCUUCUUGUGGAGGUGGUUUGAUGAAAUCUUUACUCUGCUAGAUCUUCUGGUCCAGCAGCAUUACCUGUCUAGAACCAGUGCCUCAUUUUCUGAAAACUUUUAUGGCUUAAAGAGAAUUGUAAUGGGGGACACUCACAAGUCUCAGAGACUGGCUAGCGCUGGUCUCCCAAAGAAGCAGCUUUGGAAAUCAAUUAUGGUCCUGGUUCUUCUUCCCUAUCUGAAAGUGAAGCUGGAGAAGCUGGUUUCUAGCCUGAGAGAAGAGGAUGAAUAUUCUAUUCAUCCCCCUUCUUCCCGCUGGAAACGAUUUUACAGAGCCUUCCUGGCAGCCUACCCAUUUGUGAAUAUGGCCUGGGAAGGAUGGUUUCUUGUACAACAACUUCGAUACAUCCUAGGAAAAGCUCAGCAUCACUCACCACUGCUGAGGCUGGCUGGAGUUCGGCUAGGUCGACUGACAGUUCAGGAUAUACAAGCUCUGGAGCACAAACCAGCUAAGGUCAGCAUGAUGCAGCAGCCAGCCAGGAGUGUUAGUGAGAAGAUGAAGUCAGCUCUGAAGAAAGCUGUGGGGGGUGUUGCCUUAUCCCUGUCUACUGGCCUUUCUGUGGGUGUAUUCUUCUUGCAGUUCCUUGACUGGUGGUAUUCAUCUGAAAAUCAAGAAACCAUCAAGUCAUUGACUGCCCUGCCUACUCCACCACCACCUGUACACCUAGACUAUAACUCUGAUUCUCCCCUCUUACCCAAAAUGAAGACUGUGUGCCCACUGUGUCGUAAAACCCGGGUGAAUGAUACUGUUCUUGCCACCUCUGGCUAUGUGUUUUGUUACCGCUGUGUGUUUCAUUAUGUGAGGAGUCACCAAGCUUGUCCCAUCACAGGUUAUCCAACAGAAGUACAACAUCUGAUUAAACUCUACUCCCCCGAGAACUGAAAAAGAAUUGUGUCUUAUCCUCACAACAAAAGUAUUGCGCUAUAAUGCCAUAGAGCUGGUUUCAGUAUGGUACUGAGUUGACACUUCUCAGCCUCAAUUCAUAACUAUAUGAACUUUAAAUGACUAUAUGGAUUUCUUUAAAAGGAUAUGCCCAUUUGAUCCUAACCUUUUAGCCUGCUCUCCAGAACCCUACUUACAGUUGACCAAACUGCUUAAAGUAGAAGAAUCAGGACUGGCAGGGCAUAUGAGGGCCAGUGUAGAGAUUAAACAGAAUAAUGAGUACACAAGUUUUUGUCUAUCCCUUUCCUUAAAAUAUAAGAAGUACAGAAGCUCUUGGGAAAAACCCAGGUUAGACUACAUAAAAAAUAAAGUGAACAGUGAGUUGUUAGCAAGCCUUUUUAGAAAAGCAAGCAUUUACUUGCCUGUCUGUAAGGUGGAAAUUUCAUCAGUUUGCAAACGAUAAGAAAUGUAGACCUGCUCUUGAUAGAAAUGCUUAGAAACACUUUGGGGGGGGGAAAGGUCCUUCCAUAUACUGUGACCCAUUUGUUAAGUGACAUCUAUAGUUUAUCAGCUUUUAAGGAUAAAAAAGGACAUCUUAAAAGUUGGAUAUUUAGGAUAUUUAAGGAUAUUCCUGUAUGAGCUCUCCAUAUCUUUCUUGAGAAACUGGUUAAAAAAGGAAUAGGGGUUGAGUGUUACAAAGAGACUAGUCUGAAGAUUCCUGUAUAAAAGCAAAGCUAACAAGCAAUGAAGAUGUGAAGCAAAAUACUAAUCUAAUUGUGUAAAGAAAGGAUAUUUUAAUAAGUUCUUUCUGCUUGCUGCUAAGAGUUUGCUAAACUGUCAUGAAUUAUUCUGGUUAUUACUAAAGUUUCUAUGAAACACUUAAGUAGAUUUUAAGAAUAAAUGUUUCUGGAAAAGAACUUCCAUGUUGUUAUGAUUUUGUAGAAAUGUAAAGAUUACUUGAGGUGUUUAAAAUAAAUUUUUCAUUCAGACUA